UAAUCUAUGAUCACCAUAUAAUAACAACUAGGCAACAUUACCAUUUUCAUCCAUUUGCAAUGGCUUCAAUGGCCAGCCAACCUCACUUUGUUCUAAUCCCACUCAUGGCUCAGGGUCACAUGAUCCCUGUAAUAGACAUGGCUAGGCUCAUCGCAGCUCAUGGGGUGAUUGUGAGCUUGAUCACUACGCCUCACAAUGCAUCAAGAUUUCAGAAGGUGAUUAUUAGAGCAAGAGAAUCUGCAGGUCUCUCAAUUAAUCUUGUACAAAUCCCAUUUCCCUGCCAAGAGGUCGGUCUCCCAAUAGGCUAUGAGAAUCUUGACACUCUCCCUUCAAGAGACCUUCUCCAGAAAUUCUAUCUUGCUCUUGCUAGGCUACAGCAACCUUUAGAAACCAUUCUUGAAAAAGCUACGCCUCCUCCAACCUGCAUAAUUUCAGACAAGUGCCUUUCUUGGACAUCCAAAACUGCUCAGAGGUUCAACAUUCCGAGGAUUGUUUUUCAUGGAAUGUCUUGUUUCUCUCUGUUGAGUGCUCAUAAUGUAAGACUUCACAAUGCUCAUCUUUCAGUCUCUUCAGAUUCGGAACCUUUCGUGGUGCCUGGAAUGCCUCGCAAGUUUCAGGUAACAAGAGCUCAGCUUCCAGGAUCAUUUGUUAGUUUACCAGAUUUGGAUGAUGUCCGAAACAAGAUGCAAGAAGCUGAAUCAACGGCUUAUGGGGUGGUGGUAAAUAGCUUCCAAGAGCUCGAACAUGGUUGCCCCGAGGCUUACGCGAAGGCGAUAAAGAAGAAAAUAUGGUGCAUUGGACCAGUUUCAUUAUGCAACAAAGAGAAUCUUGACAAGUUCGAGAGAGGAAACAAAGCUUCAAUUGAUGAGAAACAAUGCUUAGAAUGGCUAGACUCGCAGAAACCGAGGUCAGUUAUUUAUGCUUGUCUUGGUAGCUUGUGUCGGCUAGAACCAUCACAAUUGAUAGAACUAGGUUUGGGCUUGGAAGCAUCUAAGAAACCAUUUAUCUGGGUAGCAAAAACUGGUGAGAAAGCUUCUGAACUAGAGGCCUGGUUUAUGAAGGAGAAAUUUGAAGAGAGAAUCAAAGGAAGAGGAAUGUUGAUCAAAGGCUGGGCUCCUCAGGUACUCAUCUUAUCUCACCCAGCAAUUGGUGGGUUCUUAACUCACUGUGGUUGGAACUCAACCAUCGAAGGUGUCUGUGCUGGAGUGCCAAUGAUAACGUGGCCUUUAUUCUCUGAGCAAUUCUUUAAUGAGAAGCUGAUUGUGGAGAUUUUAAGGAUUGGUGUCCGAGUUGGCGUUGAGGUUCCUGUAAGAUGGGGAGAGGAAGAAAAAGUUGGAGUUUUAGUGAAGAAAGAAGAAGUGGAGAUGGCUGUGAAUGAGUUGAUGGAUGGAGGAGAAGAAGGCCAAAAGAGAAGGAAGAGAGCAAGUGAACUUGCAGAAAGGGCAAGCAAAUCUAUGGAAUUUGGUGGAUCUUCUCACUUGAAUUUGUCAUUCUUAAUUCAAGAUGUUAUCAAACAUCAAACUGAAGCAAAAAGUAACUACCAAUACCAAUGAGCUUUAAUUUAGAAAUAUAGAACUUUAGAUAUCAAAGCUUGAAUUUCCAUAUGAGAAAUUAAAAAGGAAAAAAAAAAAAACCUAAAGAACC